AUGUGUCGUGCGGAAAACUUCAUUCUCGUCGCUGUCCUGCUGGUGGAAUGUUCCGGUUUGCACAUGUACCCGGAAAUAUUCGACCCGGCGAAGUUCCUGCAACGUCCACUGCCGCUGAAAAGUGUCGAAAGUCGAACGAGUUCCGAGCCCGAGUACCACUCCGGUGGUGGAUUUAAGGAUGGUGAAGUAGGAUUCGUACGAUCGACGAGUGAAUCGGGCAAGGGUGGCUAUCGGCACAAGGAGAACUUCCACAAGAAGGACGGUAACAAGUACGGGCACGAGCGACAAACAGGAUUCGGCGAGUCUAAGCACACCGAAAACGACCAGGCAAAGGAACAUGAACGGUUGACAGUGGACACGCAUCACUACCGGCCAGAACCUACCUACGAAGUCAUCGAGGAGCAUGCCAGCGACGUCGAGAAUCCGGAUAAGAACAAAAAGUACGGUGGUCUCGCAUCGUCCAACAAGAACAAGAAAAAGCCCACCGAUGAAAAGCCCACCAAAUCCGCCAAGUCAUCGCGUCAAAUGACACCUGCGAAGAAAGGUUCGAAUCAGAAGAAAAACCACAACGGCUACGAAUCGAUCGUUUACCACGAGAACGAACGCGACAGUACGGAGCAUGGCUAUGGAAAGAAAAAAGCCGUCGGUAAGAUCCCGGAAGCCGAGAAGCCUGCCAAACAGAUUGCUCACGACGAUGGCGAUGCGUUCGAGGAGGAUAGAUUAGAAUCGGCCGAACGACAGACAGCCGGCGAUGACCACGGCCACGAGUACGACAGUGAGUCGGAAGCGGAAGCUGAACGGGAAUCCGAUUUCAACGAGAACUAUGACGCGUUGCGGUUCGAAGCAGACUUCGAUCGGUCCUUCGCUGAUGGGGAAGACCAUCAUGGUGAUGAUGGAGAAAAGGAUGGACGACAGGCGGCGAAGAAUGAUGAGGAUUACGAUUACGCGGACGAUGAUCGGGAUGAGGAAGAUGAUUCCGCUGAUGAGGAUAAAUACCGGGGAGACGAUGAGUCUGGGGAGGAAGAGGAGGGCGAGGGCUCAGAGAAAGCGGGCGAGGAUCGACAGUAUGAGUACGCUAGCGAGGCCGAUGGUGAUGCGCAAGACUAUUGACCGUAUUCGUAGGUGAUUA